AUGCGGAGGAUCUGCUCCUUCAUCCAUCUCUCCCUCUUCUGGGCAGGAGUCAUGCCAGCUGCUGUGUUGGUGCCUGUAAAACCAGAAGUGCCUGUGUCUGUUGGGGAGUCUGCCACCCUCAGGUGCUCUAUGCAAGGUGAAACAAUCGGUAACUACUACUUAAAUUGGUACAAGAAGACCCAGGAUGGCGCACUGACUUUCAUAUACCGAGAACCUAACACCUAUGGCCCUGGUUUCACGGACCGUUUCAAAGGAGCUGUUGAUAAUCAAAACAACCAGGGUGUCCUGAACAUUUCUAUGGUAUCAGAGAGAGACGAAGGACUUUACUACUGUGCCUGUGAUUACCACCCUGCUGCAGAUAAGCUCAUCUUCGGAAAAGGAACCCGUUUGACCGUGGAACCAGGGUAUCAGACUCCUACCAAACCAUCCGUUUUCGUCAUGAAAAAUGGGACAAAUGUCGCUUGUCUGGUGAAGGACUUCUACCCCAAGAAUGUGAAUAUAAUUCUCAACUCAUCCAAGAAGAUAAAAGAAUUUGACCCUGCUAUUGUCAUCUCUCCCAGUAAGAAGAAGUACAGUGCUGUUAAGCUUGGUCAGUAUGAAGAUCCAAAUUCAGUGACAUGUUCAGUUGAGCACGAAAGGGAAACUGUGCACUCCACAGACUUUGAAUUGAAGACAGAGUCUUCAGAUAAUCAAAAACCAACCAAAGCUGGAAAGACAGAAGCUCCAACAGCAGACCCUCAAAAUGCAGAUCCUCAGAAGACAAAGGAAACUUCAGAGAGCUGCCGUCAACCCAAAGUUCGUGCGGAGAAAGUGAACAUGCUGUCCCUCACCGUGCUGGGGCUACGAAUGCUGUUUGCCAAGAGCGUUGCCGUCAAUUUUCUCCUGACUGCUAAGUUAUUUCUCCUUUAAGGCUGAUGGGCACCAGGAGGCUACACUCCCUGAAGGAAACCAAGAGUUUACCAAGAAGCUUGCUCCUGGGCUUCUCACUUCCAGGUGAUUCCAGCUGACCUGCCACAGCCUUGUUUAAAUAGCUGCUAGAAAAACCAGUUUCUCUUGGAAGGCAACAAAUCCAGCUCAUCCUCCAGCCUGGCAGAAAGAUGAAAGUCUGGAGAGUGAGGGCUUAUGGUCCUAAGUGCUUCGUAUGUUGCUUUAUGAAGGAUAGAGGAUAUUAAUGGAUGUAGGACUCAGUUUUUUCCUCCUACAACUGAUAUACUUUGAAAGUGACAUUUCAUUCCUUUUGACUUUCUUUACGUUCAGAAGUAGAAAGUGGGAACCAACAAGUUCCCAGUUACACUCUUCAUGAAGAAAAAAGGACCCAGGGGAGGAAGAGUGGGUUUACUUUUACCUAAACUUGGACAUCUCUGCUUAACUUGCCAAGAUUUGCCCCAAAUCAGCAUCUUUCUAAUUCCCCCUCCUUGUGGCUUUUCCUACCCUCUAGAUCAGUGGUUCUCAACCUUCCUAAUGCUGCAGGCCUUUAAUACUGUUCCUGCGGGUCGUGACCCACAGGUUGAGAACCACUGCUCUAGACUUACUUCAGCAGCCACACUAGAAAUUUUGCAUGGUGAGGGAGCGGGAUAAAGUUUCAGCACUUUCUGCUUUUCCUAAUACUUUACAAAAAAUAUACAUUUGACUUUCCUAAUACUCUUUGAGCAGGCAAUGGGGUCUCUAAAGUCUCAUCUCAACACUCUUCAAUCUACUAGCAAUGAUCAGAAUGAGCUAGGUACUUUUUUCUGUUAAUUAAUUCAGUGCAUGUGAAUUGACUCCCUCUGGGUCCUGCUUUCAAGCAAGUGUUUUGGAAGAGGGGGAUAGUAAGGAAAUCUCUACCAUUCCUUAUAAAAUAAUAUUUUUACUGUCUUUUGCCUGCCAGUCCAUGUAAAGGGAGUUGGAGAUCAGUGGCCACUGAUUCUUUUGCCUGGCUUUGGUGUUGAUGGUUCUCUGCCUUUCUUCCCAGCCCCCAUCUCUGUUGCAUUUAUUAAACUGCACUGUA